AAACUUAACUGGAAUCUGGACUUAAUAAUAUUAAUCGUGCAGCUUAUGAGACAAACAGAGUCCUUCAUGGGAGAUUAAAAAGUAGGAAACAAGUGGGUAGUGUUGGAGCCAGUUGACUUGGUACAUCAUACACCUCGUAACUAAAUAGGAACUAAUCGAACAUUUGCAAAUGGAAACAAUAAACUUGCAAAAUAAAUAAGAAGAAAUUACUCCGGGAAGAGAAGUGGUGAAGAACUUGCCAGGAAUCAUUCUUAGAUCCAUCUGUCAUAUGCUUAAAAGGGCGACCAAGUCUUGAUUCUUGACCAAACACUUCAAUCCAACCAAGUUGUUGUACUAUGCUGCAGGAAACAAAAGACAAAUUCAACCCUCAUUAGAAACUUCACCCACUUUAAUUCAUCUCCAAUUCAUUCAUCUCUCUCACUCCCAAGUUGCAAUGAGACUCCCACUACGCCUAAUAUUCUCCAUACCUCUACUCAUUAUUUUGAUUAAUCCAACUCCUACUUCUGCUCAUUUUUUCCCCAACAUCACUGCAAUCCCAUCUUCGUUAAUUCCCAACACCACAAUCUGGGCCGCUUUCAGCAACCUCGUCGGCUGCAAAAAGGGUCAGAAAGCCGACGGCUUACCUAAACUCAAGGAGUAUUUCCAGUACUUCGGUUACCUCAAUACUUCUUACUCAGAUUUCUCCGAUGAAUUUGAUGACUCCCUGGAAAUUGCCGUCAAAACCUAUCAGCUCAACUUCAACCUCAAUGCCACCGGCCAAAUCGACGCAGAGACUAUAAAGCGUAUCGUAGUACCUCGAUGCGGCAACCCGGAUAUCGUCAACGGAACUUCCGCCAUGCAUCCAGGCAAACCCAGUGCCAACUCUACGAUUCACACGGUGGCGCAUUACUCCUUCUUCCCCAACAGGCCCCGCUGGCCACCGAGCAAGAGUCAACUCACCUACGCGUUCUUGCCGGAGAACCAGCUCUCCGAUGUGGUCAAGACCGUGUUCUCACGGGCGUUCGAGCGUUGGUCCGAGGUAACGACAUUGACUUUCACGGAGAUCUCGUCUUUCAAUAGAGCGGAUAUUAGGAUCGGGUUCUUCAGCCGGGAGCACGGGGACGGCGAGCCAUUCGACGGGGUUUUGGGUACUUUGGCGCACGCGUUUUCUCCGCCGACAGGCAGGUGCCAUUUCGACGGGGAGGAGAACUGGGUGAUUGACGGCGACUUUCUGAAUGGCGCACCGUUGUCGGCUGUGGAUUUGGAAUCGGUCGCGGUUCACGAAAUCGGGCACAUACUUGGGUUGGGUCAUAGUUCGGUUGAGGAGGCGAUCAUGUACCCGAGUAUUUCUUCGGGUACCCGAAAAGUUGAGCUUGCGGAUGACGAUAUCAUGGGGAUCCAAGAACUUUACGGGUCAAACCCAAAUUAUAACGGGUCGGUCUCAAGUUUGACUCCGACAGGGGAGAGGGAAACGAGCGGGGCCAGUCGCGUGGACUAUUGGUUAUGGGAACGUGGAGUCUUAUUGGUUGUUGGAUUUAUUAACCUCAGCAUUAUUAUUCAUUUAGAUUUUUUCACAUAAUUUGUUCUUUAACUCUUUCUUUCUUCUUUUUCUGAUUGAUGGACAUUUUUAUUUCCCAAUUAUGUGGCAGUUUUCUUUACUACCUAUCGGACUUUGAUUUAUCUUCAGCUUUGUUAGAUUAUAUAUUUUAUCAAUAUUUAUGUCAC